UUACCAGAGUGUCGCUGGCGCGAUGACGUACAGCGCAGGCGCAGGGAGUCGGCGACGCCGGGACGGCUCUGGUGUGUUGGGGGCUGAAAGCUGCUGUCUCUGAGCGCCUUGAAAAAAAUUCUUGAAGUCAUCUGUACCAUCUGCCUGGGAAAAGAUGGUCAACGUCUUGAAAGGAGUGCUUAUAGAAUGUGAUCCUGCCAUGAAGCAGUUCUUGCUGUACUUGGAUGAGUCCAAUGCCUUGGGGAAGAAGUUCAUCAUUCAAGACAUUGAUGACACGCAUGUCUUUGUCAUUGCGGAACUGGUUAAUGUCCUCCAGGAGCGAGUAGGGGAACUGAUGGACCAGAAUGCCUUUUCUCUUACCCAGAAGUGAGAGCGCUAGUGUUGAGCACUUGGGAAUCCCAACCACAGACACGAGAGAGGCCACGAGAGAGGCCCCGCUCAGUGUCUCAUGGGGUUUAGACUUGUUAUGAGCAUUUGGUGGGAAAGGCUGCGGGGGUCAUUCAUUCAGAUGAAAGCCCCCAACUGAUUUGGUUAGACCAUUAAAAAAAAAAAUCUGUUUAUAGAAGAACUAACAACUGGCUGCAAUUUGGCUUUUACUAUUUGUUAAUAAAAUGUAAUCAUAGUUGUGCUAGUAAGAUGGCUCAUUUGGUAAAGGCCCUUGACACUAAGCCUGACAGCCUGAAUAUAAUCCCCAGGGGCCUACACACUGGAAGGGGAAAAUUCCACAGGCUGUUGUCUGGCCUCUGUGUGUAACUCCCUCCCACACAAAUAAGGAAAUAAAAUGAAAUCAUAAAUGUUUUUCCUACCUUUUUGAAACACCAAUUAAAUACACCAGAAAAAUAAUGGCAUUUGGUUAAAUUAUCCUUUUAACUUGGGUAAUAUUAAUUUUGCUUAUUCCUAUUAAUGAGUGUACAUUUUUUGUACUGCAGGGAUAGAAACCAGUGGGAAAGAGAAAGAAACACUGCUUUGCAUCUUUAGUUUUUUCACACUAUAUUGGUGACAUUCCUGUCAAGGCAGGUGUUCCUUGAUAGUGCAAGGUAUAGCAAAAGUAGGUGUGUGUGUGUGUAACAAAUGGGAAGACACCCGCAAUUAUGCUUAAUAUUUGGAGAGUAGGGUUGGAAGUCUUGCAUGUGUGUGAACUCUUAUAUGUAUAUAAACAAAAUACGUAAUAUAAAGGUUCAAACAAAAAUGCAGCAAGGUCAGCCUCCAAGGGGAUAAAUGUUCUAUUUUUACCCAUAUGCUCUGAAUGCAGUUAAGUCAAGUAUUACUCUGUUUAUGCUGUUUGGCCAUCUGCCUAAGUAUACUUUUCAAAAUAAUGGAAUUAAAAGCAUAAAACAAAAUUCAGGGGUGGGCAUGGUGAUACACACCAUUAAUCUCAGCAUUCAGAAGGCAGAGGCAGGCAACUCUUGAGGCCAGCCUUAUGUCUAUAGCAAGUUUCAGGCUAGUCAAGGAUACGUAGUGAGACCUUGUCUCAAAAAACAAAAACAACCCUUGAUUGUUUUUAAUGUACUAGAGAAACCAAAGCAGAAAGAUUCAUGAGUUCAAGACCAGCCUGGUCCUCAGAGUGAGUUCCAGUUCCACAGCCCCAGACUACACAUAGAAACCCUAUCUCAAAACACAAUUUACUUCCAAGGUGUUGAGAAAUAAGGGUUACUUGUAUCCUUAGUAGACUUUUUUUUUUUUUUUUUUUUUUUAAGAUAGAUAGGAAUAGAGAGAAACUGCCUUUUAGGAAGCAGUAAAUUAGGUUAGAAUCGUGUGGAGCCACUGUUAAUUGCCAAGAGAAACACUAAGAGGGGCUUGGCAUCCAUUACUAAACACCGUGUUUCUUGGUCCCCUGAUGGGGAUUUUCCAACAGAGAAGAGAACCUAGGAGAUAUUACGUACAUUCUUAUCAAACCUAGUUUCUUUCUGUGUUGAUGGAAGGCAGCUAGUUCUUAUCAGCUAACUUGCACUUGUGUUACAGGAUCCGCAAGUUGCCAUACUUCAGUGUGCAUCACAGUUCUUGCUCAUGUACUUUUUAAUCAUGCAUUGUAAUGUGAACUUUCCAGUAGAUUGUUACUAAUACAGCUGAUACUAAGAAUUAAGUAGAAGAUAGAUUUUUAUAGACUCCUGUUGGAACAGUACUGGAUUAUUAAACAGAAGACUUAGGAUCUUAGAAGUGGGUAAACAAGCCAGAAGCCCAAGAGUGUGGGUUGAAGGACGAGUCCCUGUUAUUAAGUAUUCAGAACAUGCAGAAGCUCUUUCUCUGGACACUUGGGAAGAUGGGCUCCACUGACAGCAGCGAGAGCCCCCUAGCUGCUCAGUUGACUGGGCCGACUGCAGCAAAGUGGAAGUUCUCCGGCGGCCUCUGUCUGGACUCUGACUGACAUUUGUUUUGAUAUACUUUAGAUAUCCAUGAUGGGCUGCUGUCUUUACUUUUAACAAAAUCCCAAAUAUGAGGAGACAGUAGUGACGUAAAGGGGUCCUUCCUUCCUCAAGAUGGGGUCUCAUUAUCUAGCCCAGGUUGUCCCAGAACUCACCUAUCUGCCUAUCUCUGCCUUUCUAGUACUGAAAUUCAAGGUGUACACUACCACACUGGGCCCUGCUUUGUUGUUUAAAUACUGUAUUAAUAAUAAAGUCACGAACUUUGAGC